GUCUCCCUCGGGCUUUCUACUACUGUAGCAGUGAACGUCCUCUCAGGUGCAUGUCAGCCACUAGCAGCUGGUCCGCCUUCUUUGCGGCUGUCUUCCGCAAAAAUUGGAGGAUAUGGAUCCACUGCUCGUAAAUCCAAGGCUUACUCUUAACUUUCCCUUACUCCUACACUCACUUAUCGGUCUGGUACCUUGUCAACGUGCUGAGCACCUCCGUUCUCCAGCUUUUCUUCUUCUAUCGAUAUAAUAUGACUGUUCCACGUUCUCUCUUGUUUUCCGCUCUAUUUGCAACACUUUCUUUUGGCAGCUUGACGCCUACGUCUCCGGGUCCUGGAAAUUCGUUCAAUGCUGGCUCAUCAUGCCCUAUCGUUUGGGAAGCGGAUACCACAGGAAGCUGGACUAACGUGACCAUUGAUCUUAUGUCGGGCUCCAAUAACAAUAUGUCUCUGGUCACAAAUGUUGUCUCAGGCUUGGACGGGACUAAUAGCAGCCUCACACCAUAUCUAUGGACAUGUCCUGGUGUAGACCCGAAUUCCGCUAUUUACUUCUACCAGUUCACAAGCGGCAACCACUCCGCAAAGUGGACGACACGAUUUACGAUUGCUUCGUCGGCUGGCAACAGUGUGCAGCCAGAGCAUUCUUUACAACCUAAUGGCGAUGCCAUUCCAUGGGGAGUUGGUUACCUGACCGAAACGGAGGAGUGCGUCGACUCUCAAAAGGACGAAGAUGAAGAAGGAGUCCUUAGGGAGGCUUCAGACUCAGUAUCAGCCGAUCAUACCCCAACAGGUCCGGUCACUAGCACAGAGCAGAGUGACGCUAGCGUGGAAGAACCUCCUUCAAGAAGUUCAACAACACAUAACGAGGAACUUUCCACAUCUAGUCGUGCGCAGUUACCCGACAAUGAUCAAACCUCUAGUAACGCCAGUGCCACCCCGGAAACCCGAGUCCAAGAGGCUGACACCCACGAUAUCUCGUCCUCGUUUCCUCCGCAUUCUUCUACUGACCAGAUGGAUCCACCAAUUGCUUCCCGCACUGUAACCGCGUCCUCCGAAAAUCGCGUGCAAGCCACGGAUCUUACAGAACCGGACUCGCGCACCACUUCUUCUCCUGUCCCUUCUGCGAAUAGCUUGGAAGCCAAAGCAGCGAACGCGGCGGCCACUGCUCUCAUGGAAGAAGAACCUGCUCAGACAGAAACUGACACCGCUACCUCUACUGCUAGUCUCACAACGGAUGAGUCUCAAGCCUCGCUUUCAGCGGCCAGUUUACCUGUUUCGACACCGACGUCUACGCAAUGCCAAUGUCCCGGAGUACCCGCAAAUAACAAACUGAAUAAUAGGUCCUUCAGUAGCGCGAUCUCUAGUAGAAGAGUGUCAUCUGAUUGGACUACUACUCUCGUACUUGCCUUCGUCGUAAUCUGUAUUUUGUCAUGAUUUGACUUGAAUUUAGUCAACUGGCUUAUCUUGAGCACUAAUAUGAAGACAGGCUAUCACUCGGGGCGUACUCGCACGAAAUAAUGUCAUUAUCCGCUCAGUC